CUCAGACUGCAGUGGAGCUUUCCUACAGACAAGGUGAGAAUGAUCAGUGCCCGGAAAGAGGGAAAACUUUCAAGAGGUCUGCUCCGAUUCUCCUGCCUUUGCUGCCAGGGCAGGGGAUCGUGUCCACCAGGAACUGAAUCUUGUCUUCUGCAAUGUUGUGUCUCAGAGGGAGAGAGACAGCGCCUUCCCCCGAGGGCAGGAGCCAUUCCGCAGGGAAAGGUCCCUGGUGCCGCCACCGCAGCGCCCCGAGACCCCCGUGGCGCCCCGGGGGUGGCCCCGGCGUGGGCGCUGCCCCGGGACACCGGGACACACCGGGCACCUCCCGCCGGGCACCUUCGCUUCCCCCCGCCGCCGGCUCCCCCCGGCCCGGGGCCAAGGCCCGCGGCCCGCGGCCUCACCUGAGGGAGCGCCGAGCUCCGUCCCGCCCGCAGCAGCUCCCGGCGCCGCCGGCACCGCCCUCCGGCCCGGCCGCUCCCGCCUGCCCUGCCCGGGCCGGCCCUGCCCGCUCGCCACCCGGGAAAGGUGAGCCGAGUUACAAAAUCACGGAGUCAGUUUGGUUGGAAAUGAACUAAAGAUCUCUGGGAUCGUCAAGUCCAGUCUGUGAUCCAACACCGCCAUGUCAACCAGACCGUGGCACUGAGACUUUCCUUAAAUACCGCCAGGGAUGGUGAGGCCACCACCUCCCUGGGCAGCUCAUUCAAAUGUCUUCAUGUGAAGAACUUCUUCCUGAUGUCGUGAA